AAUAAAAUAUUUGCAGCAAUUUUUAGAUGACAUGAAUGACUACUAAAAACCUACAUCUUUCACAUAGUUAGAGAAUUGUCCAAACAAGGCCUCAAUCCCAAAAAAAUAAAAUAAAAUAAAAUAAAAAGAGCACCAAGGAAGCGAGUUAGAAAGUUUUAUGUUAAAAAGCAAGUGGAAGUGUUUCUGGAUUUUAAGGUUACUUUCCAUGCAAGGAUUUGCUUCUGCCUACCAAAUAUAGCAUCAAACUUUAGAGAGAGUGUGGUUUUAGUGAGAGAAAGAGAUCUUCAUACGUGCUUCUUUUUGUUUUUUUUUUUUUUGCUCUUAUUUUUUACUGCCAUAAAACAGUGGUGGCAGAGAACAGACGGUCGUCCUUCCCCAAUUGCUUCGCAUAUUUCUAGUACGCGAGAGAAACAGAGCCAUGAAAGUUCAUUUGGAGUAGGACUUUUUGCAGAAAAAAAAAAAGCGCAGAUCUUGUUAUUGUCCAGAGAGAGACAGUGGAAAACCCCGAAUGGGUUUUAUUCUCCAAACACAUGGAAAUAAAGAAAAGAAAGCAAAGCAACCUCGUGAUCUUCUUCUGAACCUUGGUCGAUUCUGAUCUGGGUCUCUCUGUUGCAUUCCUCUGUUUCUUGGGCAUUUGUUUUGUUUGGUGGGUCUUCUUUUUGGAAUGUGGUGGAAAAAUUUCAACUUUCCUGGAAAAUUUAGAGCUUUCGCUUCGAUUUUUGAUCUGGGUUGUUUCUUUUGUUCGUCUCCGUUUUUGGUUGGUAAAUGAAUAUGAUGAAGCAAGAUCAAGAAAAGAGGCAUUUCUGCAAGCUCUGCAACAAGAGCUUCACGAGUGGGAAGGUAUUGGGAGGUCAUAUGAGGUCGCAUCUAGCUAAGAAGAAUUCAACAAAAACAGAGAAAAAGCUCAAUAAGAUCACCAUGGAUUAUGAAGGAGGUGGUGGGGCUUUUAGUUACGGGCUAAGAGAAAACCCCAAAAAGUCUUGGAAAUUUUCAGGCUCAGAAGUAGAAGAGGGUGUUCCAGGGCAAGAAAACCUCUGCAAGAUUUGCGGCAAAGGGUUCGCUUCAAUGAGAGCCUUGUUUGGUCAUAUGAGGCAUCAUUCAGGGAAAAAAAGAAAAGGUGUUAUUGGACUUCGAUGCAAAGAAUGUGACCAAGAGUUUGAAUCGCUGAGAGCUCUCACUGGUCACAUGAAGAGCCACCACGCAGAAAGAAUUGGGGUCUCCAAAAAAUCAACUGCCAUUUCAACCUCCCAGAAGCUCUUUGGGGAUAGCCAGUAUGGCUGUGAAAACUCGGGGCUGAUACGGAGGAAGAAAAGAUCGAGAAGAUUAAGGUACAAGGUUUCUCCAAAUUCUUCUUUUGCUAAUAAUCUGAGUGAGAAUUCUUCAUAUGUUACUGAAUCUGAGCAAGAAGUAGUGGAGGUUGCUGUGACCUUGUUGAUGUUGUCUAGAGGUGUACGGAACCGGGAUGGAUUUAGUUCGGUCACCGAGUCUUCUGAUAACAAUUCUGCAACUUUUGAGGCCAAAUCGGCGAAUCAAACUCACACUCUGGUGACUAAUGGUGGUGGGAAUUAUGUUUCUGAUGAUGAUGAUGAAGCUUUCAAGAUGAAGAAACCAAGGCUGGAGAAAUUGAAAGUUUCUGAGUUUAGUGAAAAUGAUUCUGGGUUUGUUAGUGAUGAGGGAAAGAUUGUGAAAUUGGAAGUUUCCAUCGAUAGGUUUUACAAAGGUGUGCACAAGAUGCCCAACCUGGAUGAUGAUGAUACUGAGAAUAAGAAUGGAAGUCAUGAGGGGAUGAGGAUGAUGAACAUUAUAAACCCCUUUGAAGUAGAAUUACACGAGAAUUUCACAGAGGGAAUUAGAUUGGAUCAAGCUGGUUUAGGAUCUUUGAAGUCUGGUUUGAGAAAGAAAGCCAGGAUUGGUGCCUGUUUUGACCAACUCAUAGGAAGUCCUUGCGGGCCUUCAGCAUCUGAAAUCUUUGAUGGUUAUGGGAGGAAAAAUGAAUACAAGUGCAGGAUAUGCAGCAAGAUUUUCCAUUCACAUCAGGCACUUGGAGGCCACCAAACGAUUCACAGGCCUGCUAAAAAUUGUCAUGCAUUGCAGAUUGAUGACCACCCUGAAAGUUUCUGCAACACCAAAACAUUUUCUGAAAUUGAGGCUGCUUCCAAGGUUGGUCACAAGUCUGAAUUUAAUGGGGAUUCGAUGGUGGAGAUGGAUAAAGUAACAGUAAUGACAAGCUGCGAGAGUAAGGAACACAAAUGCCCUAUCUGCUUUAAGAUUUUUGCUUCAGGCCAAGCUUUGGGUGGUCACAAGAGAGCUCAUUUUGCUAAAGAUUCGGAGGCCGGAGAAGAACAGAUCAGUUUACUGAACCAAGAGCUUUCUGAUAUUUGUGAUAAGGUAAUUGGUUUUGAUGUCAGAAUUGAGGAUGAGGCAAAGGCUGAUGUAGAGCUCAAAUCCUGGUGGGUCAAAAAUGAUCAGAAGCAUGAGCUGCUGCUGGGUCUAAUACCCAACUGAGAAAACUGACUAGCUGUGACUUACCUUCAAGUUUUCCAGUGAAUUUUACGGCUGGUUCAAGGAUAACUCGUACAGAGAAACCCCAAAAUCGUAGACCACACUCUUAGAUCUCCAGCACAGAAGAAAUGCCCUACCCAGGCUGAGUGAGGAACCGGCUCAUUAAGGCUCUCAAAGUCCAAUGGUCCAAAUGGGCCCAUUAAGCAAGAAACCCCAAUGACCCAAAUGACAGUUGUUAAUGGCGCAAUUAGUAUAGCAGGUGGGUUACAAUGCAAACAAACCUUUAAUCUGCCAAUUUUCAUUUCGAAUUUAUCUCCCAAUGUUGUUACAGGGUAUCCCUUAAUACACUCAAAUGGCAUUGAAAACUCGGCCAUUACAAGUCAAAUUUCCACAUUGCGAGACACUAGAGCUCAAACACUUGGAAUGGUGACACUCGGAAGAAGUGA